ACACAAAAAAAAAAAAAAAAAAAAAACAAGAAAGAAAGAAAGAAAGAAAGAAAGAAAAGAAAACAGUUCAAUUCUCCACCCUCUUCUUCUCCGGUUCCAGUUCUAGGGCUCCUCCACGAACUCCACUCUCACCUUUCUUCUUCUUCUUCUUCCCCCUCUUCUUCUUCUGUGCUGUCCCAAUUCUUCACAAAUACCUCUCUUUUUCACCUUCUUGUUGGACCAAUUCCAGGCCCUGUUUCGGCUCUGGAUUCGUUUUACCAAUGGUGAAGACUUCCAAGUCCAUCCACGAACGCUUCGAAGACGACGCCAACGAAUCGGGUGUGAAGAUUGAGGGGAAGAGUGGAGAGAGCAAAGCGAGUGGUCAUCGGUCUAAACACUCCGAGACUGAACAGCGUAGGAGGAGUAAAAUUAAUGAAAGGAUCUUGGUGACAUUCUCACUUUUUUGUGCAAUAUUGUGUUCUGAUGGGAGCAGAUUUCAGAUUUUGAGAGAACUCAUACCUCAGAAUGAUCAAAAAAGAGAUAAGGCUUCAUUCUUGUUAGAGGUGAUUGAGUACAUUCAAUUUUUACAAGAGAAGUUAAAUAUGUACGAAGGGUCAUGCCGAGGAUGGAGUUCGGAUCCUUCAAAAUUGAUGCCAUGGAAGAAUUAUAGAGCUGCUGAUAGUUAUACUGAUCACUCUCAAGUUGUAAAGCGGGGUCCCAAUCAUGAGAGUGCUAUCGUUUUCUCCCAAGCAAUGCUAACAAAUGCGCCCAAUGUCAUGGACGCCGACUUGUGUCCUGCUGCAUUGUUGAAUGCGGUGGAUCAUACUCUUGUCUCUGCUACGCAAGGACUCCCCAUGAGCAUGCAUACACAACCAAUUGUAUUUGACCCGGUUGGAAGAAGUAGUUUAUCAACCGAAUCUUUGGAUGAACCCGUGUCAGGAUCAGAGAACGUCUCUUCCAAGACCCAGGCUGAAUUGUUACCGGGUAGAACCUGUACCACCACAGGUUUUCUGAACCAUGCUGUUAGUGAUCAGGACGAUCUAACCCCGGAAAGUGAAUUGGAGAGUAUCUCAGGUGCCUAUUCCCAUGGGUUACUAAGUACCUUGACCCAGGCCCUGCAGGCUUCAGGUGUUGAUUUGUCACAGACCAACAUCUCAGUGAAAGUUGAUGUCGGAAAACGAGCAAAUAGAUCGAUAUCCCUUUCAGAGGAUGACAAAAAACAAUCUUUGAACAAUCAACUAAUGGGACAGAGUAUACAUGGAUGCUUCAGCGAGGAAUCUGAACAAACUCACAAGAAGCUUAGAACAGGGGUUUAAUAUGUCACUCAAUCUUCUAUAUAAAUGUACCUCCUUUGUUCUCUUCCAUCCCUGAGUGAUAUUAUUUAAUUUUUUUUUGCUUUUUUCUUAGAUGGGGUAGGGGAGUUUAUCUUGGCCAUUUUUUUUUCCAGGUCAUGGUCUGUUAGUAACUGGGAUUUCUUUGAUUGUACAUGUCUCUCUCCUAGGAAGUUGCAUCGAUACAAGGUUAAGUUUUUGAUGUUUGAGUUUGAUAUAAGGUUGAGUAAUGAUAGAAAAAGCUUGAAUUUUAUUGCAAUGUAUUGUACUCUGUAAUUUUCCAGAUUAAUGAGAGCCCCCAAAUAUUUUUAGUUUGCA